AGGAUUCCUUCGGCUGCUCCUUAGUGGCCCUGUCUGCUUCCAGAUCUCGGGAGUGGUGGUCGACAGCUUGUCACCAUGGCGACCCCAGCGAAUGCCCAGAGCGCCAGCAAAAUGUGGGAACUGAGUCUCUAUGAGCUGCAUCGGACUCCACAGGAGGCCAUCAUAGAUGGUACAGAGAUUGCUGCUUCCCCACGAUCCCUACAUUCAGAACUCAUGUGCCCAAUCUGUCUGGACAUGCUGAAGAAUACCAUGACCACAAAGGAGUGUCUCCAUCGCUUUUGCUCUGACUUCAUUGUCACUGCGCUGCGAAGCGAGAACAAAGAGUGCCCCACUUGUAGGAAGAAGCUGGUGUCAAAGCGGUCUCUUCGGCCUGAUCCAAACUUUUAUACGCUGAUCUCCAAAAUUUGCCCAAGUAGAGAGGAGUAUGAGGCACAUCAGGAUCGUGUCCUCAUCCAGCUUAGCCGGAUGCACAACCAGCAAGCAUUAAGCUCCAGCAUUGAGGAGGGGCUUCGAAUGCAGGCAAUGCACAGGGCCCAACGUGUAAGGAGGCCAAUGCCAGAGUCAGACAAGACAACAACAAUGAGUGGUGGGGAGGGAGAGCCUGAUGAGGGAGAGGGAGAUGGGGAUGGGGAAGAUGUUAGCUCAGACUCUGCCCCAGACUCCACUCCUGGAUCUGCCCCCAAGCUACCCCGAGGAAGGGUUGUGGGAAGUAGCAGUGGAGGGACAGGGGACGGGGCUCCUGGAGGUAUAGGUGGAGGAGCAGGCUCUGAGGAUUCUGGGGACCGGGGCCCACCUGGGGCCCCCAGUCCUCCUGAGCAAGGAGGAGAGAUCAAGCUUGUGUUCCGACCCCAUCCUCUGCUGGUCGAAAAAGGAGAAUACAGUCAGACUAGAUAUGUGAAGACAACGGGGAAUGCCACAGUUGAUGACCUCUCCAAGUACUUGGCUCUAAGGAUUGCACUUGAGCGGAGGCAGCAACAAGAGGCUGGAGAGCCUGGGGCACCAGAACCUGGAGGACCUGAGGGAGGUGGCGGGGAGGCACCGGGAACUGGAGGAGCUGACGGGCCUGAGAAACUUGCCUUGCCCAGCCUGGAGGGUGUCAGUGAGAAGCAGUAUACCAUCUACAUCGCGCCUGGAGGAGGAGCUUUCACGACUCUGAAUGGCUCACUGACCCUGGAGUUGGUGAAUGAGAAGUUCUGGAAGGUGUCCAGACCCCUGGAGCUGUGCUAUGCCCCCACUAAGGACCCCAAGUGACCGGAGGGGAUGGGGGUCAUAGGGCUUCUGUGUGUAUGUCCUAGCCCCGCCUCCAGGUCGGUG